AUGUGUAAAUAUUUAGCUGUUGUUUUCUUUUGUCUGUUCAACUUCUCCUUUGCAAAUGAAUGCAAACGAAUUAGUGAUUGUUCCUGCGAAUACAACGAUGGCACCGGAGUCAGUCUAAAGCUCGUCAUCGAUUUGGGAGACCAGCCGUUGUGGGCCAACGAAACGAAUGGGAAUGUUUACUACUUUAAUCCCUGUAAGGAUAUCAACUGGACGGACAAAUAUUUGCCCAACAUCAAAAAGAAUGAAUGUGAAAAAGGAUACACGCUCUGUAAAUACGAUGCACACAAAUUAGAGUUAAUACAGCUGGGAGAUCUGCAAGAAACACAGUUCUCUACCGGGCAAGGCCUUUAUCUAAACUACAACGUCAAGUCGAAUAAAAGGACAACAUACGUGAAAUUAGUUUGUACAAGCGAUAAGAAGACUUACUUUUUUUUCGAAUCCUCCUCAAAUGAUGUGACGCAUCUGUUGCUGUUUUCACCUUACGCAUGUCCGAUUGUACUCGAAGAUUACAGUAAACCCAGCACUGGGACUGUUCUCGUGAUAAUGUUCUUUGUAGGCCUCCUGUCCUACUUUGCAAUCGGGAUAACAGUGAACGCUUUUUACCUGGGUGCAAGAGGUAUGGAAAUGGUCCCGCACUUGGACUUCUGGCGAGAUCUUCCCAACCUUGUUAGGGAAGGAGCUCAAUUCUUACGAAACGGCUGCAAGGUCACGAAUCAAGCUCCCGACCCUGAUUCGUAUGAUGCCAUAUGAGUUCAUUAUUUAGCUUUUUUCAUAUGCUUUAUUCGAAUUCGACUGAGCCCUAUUUUUUCUUUUGUUACAAACUGUGCUAACAAACCAUAGACAGCGUGAUGAAUUAUGAGUAAAUGAGUGAUGUAUGAUAAAAAAAGAAAUGAAGACAACUGCCUUUGUUUAAACCAGCUAAAAUGUUUAAUAAAAGUAUA